AUGAAAUUGGAAAGCAAAACAUCUGCUGAGACUCCUGCAUUGCUUAAACCAGUAGUCAUCGAGGGCAAACGCAAGUCACUCUUCCCAUUCCAUAAUUUCUUAGCAAAAAAGACCAUGGAAACCACAGAAAUCACAGAAGAGAGCAAAGAAGAAUCUACUGAGGUUAAGAAAGAAACUACUAAGGCCGUUGCCGAGAAGAUCUGCGAUACUGAGACUGAGACCGAAAUGAAAGUAGAAGUCAAGACUGAAAUGACCAAAGAAUCUGCAACAACGGGAGAGACAUCCAAUAAAAAAGCCGAAAACCCAAAAUUAAAUCAUUUGUGA